GCGUAACCCUAAUCCUCAAAAAAGCGGCGGCGAAAAUGAAAUACAACCCACGAGUCUCCUCCUCCCGCCGCAAGAGCCGCAAGGCUCACUUCACGGCGCCUUCCAGCGUCCGGCGCGUGCUGAUGAGCGCCCCUCUCUCCGGCGACCUCCGCUCCAAGUACAACGCGCGGUCGAUGCCGGUGCGCAAGGACGACGAGGUGCAGGUGGUCCGCGGCACCUACAAGGGGCGCGAGGGCAAGGUGGUGCAGGUGUACCGCAAGAAGUGGGUGAUCCACAUCGAGCGCAUCACCCGCGAGAAGGUGAACGGAUCCACCGUCAAUGUUGGAAUCCACCCCUCCAAGGUCGUCAUCACCAAGCUCCGUCUCGAUAAGGACCGCAAGUCGCUCCUCGAUCGCAAGGCGAAGGGCCGCGCUGUUGCCGACAAGGAUAAGGGCGCGAAGUUCACGGCGGAGGACAUUAUGCAGACCAUCGAUUGAUAGGUUUUGAAUUUAUUCUAAGCUUUUUUUUGUUUUAUUUUGUUGUUUUGGUUAGACACAGAGCAGUCCAACUACGGAUGCUUGCUUUAUUUUCUGCUUGCUGUUUUAAUACAAUGCUCAUAGUGUUUCCUGAGUUUA